AUGAUGGGUUUGUUGUCGACGAUUCGUGGGAAGAAGGAAACAGUGAUUGGCAAUGGAAUUGGGUCAGCACAAGUUGGUCCAUUGAACGCCAAGACAAAGAAACUUGUGAUUCAGGAGUGGCCAAGAGUACUUGCUCAAUGUCCAGAGCUCUUCACAGAAAUUUGGCACAAAUCGGCGACUCGCUCCACUUCAAUCAAGUUGGCAUUCGGAAUUGCAGAAAACGAGAGCCCAAUGCAGAAUGCUGCUUUCUUGGGACUCUCCUCGACCAUUCAGGCGUUCUUCUAUAAACUGAUAAUCACAUACGAACUGAACGAUGAUCAGGUCAGAGAGGCAUGUGAGCAGUUGGGAGCACGCCACGUAGAUUUCAUCUCUCGUGGAUUCAACUCCCACUUCUGGGACAUCUUCUUGGUUUGCAUGGCCGAGAAAAUCGACGAGACAUUGUCGUCGUACAUGAUCGAAGAGGACAAGAAAAACGAGAUGAUCUUGGCUUGGCAAAGAGUCGUCAAUUGCAUUGUUCAUCAGAUGAGAAACGGAUAUUCAGAUCGUCGAAAACAACAACUCGGAGGAUCAAAAGGCGGCGCUAAUAAUGGAUUCUAA